CCUGUGGGAAACCUUGGUCAGAGAAGCCCUUCUCCACACUGGGCCCAGACCCUGUGGCUGACCUGAAGGGGAUGAAGGGAGGUGGGGAGCCCGCCCUCACCUGGCCGGCUUAGAGGUCUGUGCCUGAAAUUCCACCGUGAUGGCUUCCUUUGGGUUUCAGGUGCCACCCAGCCUGAACUUUCUCAUUAAAUAGAAAUGUUACCCUGAGGGGCAAUGAUGUUAUCAUCGAGAGUCCUUAAUAACCAGGUAGAAGACAGAGAGGGAGGGGCCGGAAGGACUUCUGGACUCUUAGUCAAAGGAAGCUGAGUCGGCUUUGAAGGCAGGGAAGUGGAGAGGGAUGGAAGAAACUCGAGCGCCCAAGCUGCAGCGGACUUGUCUGGAGCCUAUGGGGGUUUGGGAGGCCGCUGUUCUUAAGAGGGGCUCACGUUUAUUAAGCACCUUCUUUGUCUCAGGUUCUGUCCUCAGCAGUGACCAGCAGGACCUCUCUGAACCCAUCAGGUUCGAUGAGGACCCCCCUCCCCGCAUGACCUGCCGUGCAUUCAAGCACCUCUUCCCACCAACAUACGGAGCCCCUGGAGCGCUGGACAAUUCGGGGGACAGAGCAGGCAGUGCUGAGCCCGGCAGAGGAAUGACCCACGUAAAGGGAUGGAGGGGCAGAUUUGAUUGCGCGCGCGAUGCUGCCACCUCGGGGCUGCACUGGGGCCCGAGGCUGCGGGUCGGAGAUGCCAGGGGACGCCUCUCAGACGGCCGGGGUGUCAGAGGGCGCCCCGGACGAGAGGCUGCGAGGGUGGGGACGCAGCUCUCCGCAAAGGGCUCCAGCCCUUCACCGGGGCCCCACUGGCCUCCCCCAUGCGCGGCUCCGAAGGCCCCGGCACCCCAGCUCUCCCAUCUUCGGGCCUUCCUUCAGGCCGUGCCCUCGGCCGGGAACAUUUCCUCCCCCCAGGCAACCCCUCGUCCUCCCGGUGGCCUCCCCCACCUGUCCAGCCGCCCCUGGGCAGAGCUUCUGCUGUGUCGUCCGGUUUCCCCGGAGCGUCAUCGCCCGGUGUACAGCAUUGCCCUCGGGGGCCCGCAGCCUCUCCUCCCACCCAGGGGGCUGAGGUGCGGUGCAGGAUGCGGGAACAGGCGUCAAAUAACCUGGAACAUCUCCUGGAGCAGCGCGGAUGAGGGCGGGCGAAUAAGCCCACACCGACUGGGCGCACACCCGCUCUCGGAGCACUCAUUCUCAGGGACGUGUCCUGCCUCACUGCCUGGGUUAGUCCCCAAAGCAGCAUUCAGCAGCAGCGGCGACAGGAGGUCCUGGUUCCAUCCCAGAAGGAAUGGGUGUUGGAUUUCAUCAAACGCCUGCUCAGCACCUGUCGGACACUCGUGCGGUGAAAGAGGAUUCUCUACAAUUCAGCAGCUGAGGCUCAAAGAGGUCAAGUCACUUGCCCAGGGUCACACAGUGGCAGGUGACAGAGUAGGCCAUGCUCUUUGUCCAUGUCCCCAAGUGCUGUCUGCUCUGAAUGCUUGUGACCUUGCAGCUCCUGGGACAUCUCGCACCCCUGGGCCCCUACCAGGCCUUACCCAGCCCUUGCCCCUGGGCCACACAGCCUCUGUGGCCCCCACGUCCCACUCUCGUUCAGGAGGAGCUGAGUCAGCUCAGCAGCCACCCGUGUUCCUCCUGUAAACACAGACUGAAGCCAUGGGAGACAGGCCUGGGGUGAGCGGGGGCCUGGGCAGGCCCAGGCCCACAGACCUAGCAGGUAGAAGAAAAGACAUUUUUCUUCCCCUCUCUGAAGAGACUUGAAAGAGCGGGGAGCAGGUAGACACCUCCAGGCCCAGGCAGGGCUUCGUCCGGUGGAUCCGAAGUGGGCACAGAGAGGGCCAGUGGGCAUCUGGCUCAGAUGAGGAGCCUGGAGCUGUGAGUCAAGUUCAUCCUGGCCAUCCCAGGUCCCUGUGUGACCUAGACAGGGCCUGGUGCCUCUGUGUUUGUGCUGGCUGAGGUGGAGACCCCCGAGGAAGCCCCCUGGGGGUCCAGGCUGGCACAAAGGCCGGCAGCAAGGGAGGAGCAGGCCCUCUCUGCUUCCAGGCCUGGGUGCCACCUCCAGGCCGUGCCUGCCUGGCCCCCGCCCGGAACAGCUGAGCCUGCAGGUGUCUCAGAGCCCCAGCAGGCCCAGCAUGCAUCACUGAGACUCUGCCCAGGCUGCAAGUUGCAUGUGCAUUGUCUCAUUAAACUGAAAUUAACUUACCGUGAUGAAAUUCUCCGAGCAAUCCUACCUGGAAAAAGCCAGGCUCGUCUCCAUGGUGGGUGCUUCACACACCAUCUCAUUUACCCCAUGUUACAG